CUUUUGGAUAGACACAGCACAACAAAUGAAAAACUGCAUUCAGCAUGUGUUUAAUGAAUAACAAUGUUUUCUAAGCCGAAGCGAUUUGGCAUUACCUCACUUCCCGUUUUAAUGACGUCAUCCAACAGCGCCCCCAAAUACCGAAUAGCGCUUUCGGGGAUAUCUGCAUGCCUGGUGGAUAAUAAGUAUAUUAUUUUCUUUAAAAAAAACGAGGUUGCAGGAAAUGCAUACACACACUCGCAUCACUUUAAAUCUGUUAGGACGAUGCCGUAGUGAAACUGGUCGCAUGUUGGGUUAUUAUUAGCCCAAAGACCGAUAUUUGCGAGUAGAGGUGGUGCUAAAAUUAGCUAACGCUAGCUUGCUAACGUAAUAUGCAUUUUCAGACAUUAGACCUCUGACUGAAUAAACAAUGAAGCGUGCAAACAGGAGACGGAGCUCUGUGUGGGACUGCUUUGAACAAGAGGGAAACUUUGUCCGCUGCAUGAAAUGUGACGCUAAAUUGAAGUACUGCGGCGGAGCCACCAGCACCAUGAUGAGCCACAUGAGCAGGCACCAUGCGUCCACCGCAUCACCGGACGAAGACGAGAAACCGGUCAUAUGCAGUGUUCAGAGCAUCGAGGAGGAGAGCACUGCUAAUUCGGACAUAAUGCAGGUUGCCAUUAUGUCACCCAACAUAAAUAUCAUGACUGCCAACCCAACGGAGCGUGACUAUGGAGAGAGGAAGCGCCUGAAGAGGAGCUCUGUGUGGGACAUUUUCGUCAGAGUAAACGACGAGGUUCACUGCACGAUGUGCGAAACGAAGCUAAAGUACAGGAGCAGCACCACCAACAUGAUGUACCACAUCAGAAACAAGCACCCGGACACUCUGUCCAAUGAUGGUGGGUCAGUCGCAGCACACACAGAGGUAACUGAGCUCAUCUCCAGAAUGAUUGAGAAGGACAUGCUUCCCAUCAGCGUGCUAAGUGGUGAUGGUUUCCGUGAGCUACUUGCAUACACUGUGCAAAACUAUAAAAUGCCAUGUGCUGGAGAUAUCACACGCCUUAUAGAAGGACAUUUCCAGGAGAAGGCGGAGGAGCUUCUGGUGCAGCUGGGUAAAGUUGAGAAAGUGGCUCUCACUGCUGACUUCUGGACAGCCCUCCCAUUUCAGAGAUACAUUACAGUUUUCUGUUCAUUCAUAACUGAAGACUGGCAGGGCAGGUCAGUUGUACUGCAGACACAGAAGCUAUCAUCUGACAGCCACACUACUACAGACAGUGUCACAGAAAGGCUUUUUAACACUGUGCAGUCCUGGGGUAUUGCUGGGAAAGUGACUGCAUGUGUUCAUAACAACACACAAGGCAUUUUGUCAGCCCAUGCGUGUCCCCGUGUCACAUGGGAUUAUGCUACUUGCUUUGCUACUACAUUGCAGCUGGCAGUCAGUGAAGGGCUGAGUGAGGAUCUGGUCCGCAUCAUCGUUGCUGCCGGGAAGCUUGUCAAACACUUCAAUCACAACUUGCAGGCAUAUGAAGCCUUGGAGCAAAAGCAAGUUCAGAUGUGCCUGCCACAGCACAAGCUUAUUCAGUCAAGCAAGGCUAGAUGGGACUCAAUCUGUGAUAUGUUUGAACGAUUACUCGAGCAACGGUGGGCAAUCAAAGCGGUGCUCUCUGAUCGUGCUGUCACCAACAGACAGGAAGCCCAGAUGCUUGAGAUUGAAGAUGAUUGCUGGCAAAUAAUUGAAAAUUUCACACCUGUGCUUGCAACUCUAAAAUGGGCGACAACAGUGAUAUCUGCUGAGACAGAAGUGUCCAUUUCAAACAUUUAUCCGAUCACAUUCAGCCUUAUUCAGACCCAUCUGGUGCCAAAAGAAAACGAUGUGGAACAAGUCUCAGAGUUCAAGCUGAAGGUUCAAAAGUUACUUCAAGAUCACAUGGAGGUUGACUCUAACGGCCUCGCCUCCAAACCAGCUCUGAUUGCCUCUAUGCUGGACCCUCGUCACAAACAUCUCAGCUUUCUGACGCCAACAGGGAGACUGUCGGCAAAGGUGAAGCUGCACGAACUUGUUUCAAACUUAGAUGUGAUAACUACUACUGUGGGCCUAAAGGAUGAACAGCAAGACAUCCUGGUCACACCCAAUAUUAGCCAGGUGGCAGCUAUGCCCUCCCAACAGAGAAGUGACACCAAAAACACCAUGAUGUUGCUCCUUGGAGACAACUACAGUUCCUCCUAUGCCACAGACUCUGAGGCUCAGGUAGAUUACUAUUUGAGAGACAUUGCGCCCUCAUUGGACAUAAACCCUCUUGACUGGUGGAGGGUAAAUGGACCAAGAUUCCCCAAACUGGCUACUCUGGCGAGACACUAUUUGUGCGUACCUGGGGUAUCACUGCCGUCUUUAUUGUCCGAGUCUGGGCAAACAUUUGCAGAAAUGCGUACAAGACUGGGCCCAGAGCAUAUUGACAUGAUGAUCUUUGUAAACAGAAAUGCAUAACUUUAUGACAGCCUAUAUAAAUGAUAGAGUAUGGUUACUGUAUGGCAGUGUUAGGUUGACUCCUUGAUUACCGUAUUUUCCGGACUAUAAGGCGCACUUAAAAGCCUUACAUUUUCUCAAAAAACAACAGUGCGUCUUAUAAUCCAGUGCGCCUUAUAUAUGGAUUACGGUAAUUCUGGUUGUGCUUACUGACCUCGAAGUGAUUUUGUGUGGUACACAGCUCUCACGGCGCUCUGUCAAAAUGUUUUAGUACGACUUUGGUAAACUACAAAGCCGCACCGCUUGCAGCAUUACGGCUACCGUAGUCAGGAGCGUCGUGGAGUUGCACCAAAUGGCACCCGUCAAGAGACACGCUUACGACGCGGACUUCAAACUCGAGGCUAUCAGUCACGCAGUAGAACAUGGGAAUAGAGCAGCUGGGAGAGAAUUCAACAUUAAUGAAUCAAUGAUACGUAUUUUACGUGUUAUAACUGAACUCAUUACUGACUUAUCUGACUGUUUUGUUUCUGUUAUAUAAUUAAUAAUUAUAUAAUAUGUAUCCGUUUUACGGCAUGUAGAAAAGGAGUGUGUAGGAGAGCGACAUGCGGGGUGGGCGUGUGUGUGCGGAAGAAGUAGUUUUGGGAAAGUGAAGAUGUUGCCAGGUUGGCUGCGUUGUCGGCGAAGACAAUAAAAAAGGAUUACUCCAGCUCCGCUGUUUCCCCCUCCUCUUUGCUCAGAGUGUCACAUACCCAGCUGCUCUUCACUACGGUAUAGAGCAUAACAACGCUGGAGGUAACAACAUUUCGCUUAAUGCGCCUUAUAGUCCGGUGCGCCUUAUAUAUGAAAACAUUUCGAAAAUAGACCAUUCAUUGACAGUGCGCCUUAUAAUCCAGUGCGCCCUAUAGUCCGGAAAAUACGGUAGAUAUUUCAUGAGUAUGUCAGAAGGAGCUGGUAGGUACUUUUCCACUGUUGAUGUGUUAUAUUGUAGGUGUAAAAGACAUGAAUGUUCUUGAGUCGACAAGUAGCGGGUAAUAUGUUUUGUACAUUGCCGUUAAGAACACAUAUUUCAAAUAUAUUGCCUGACAAUAGCUUACAAAUCAAGUUGAACUUCAAUUAAAAAACAAAUGAAGAAUGAAAAGCACUGGUACCUUCCUUUGUACCAACAUAAUAUGUGCAAGCUAGAAACUGACUGACCAAACUAACCACUAUUAUUAACAGAACAAAUGUGUCUAUUGUGUCUCAUGUUAAGAAAAAAUAAAAUACAUACAGCUGUAGCAGGUGUGUAAUGAUCUGUCUGGGGACCAGUCGUUUUUGGCACAUGCUCUCUCCAUCCCACAGCACCGCUUCAGUGAUGGCACCGUCCUGGAAUCGACGCAGCUCGGAGCGAGAACCCCACAGCUGACGGAACUCGGCCGACUAGCAGAAGAAGCACUGUUAUUGUUAACCAUAAAAGAAGCCUUGCAACAAAAAAAAUGAUAAAACACGAUAGAGA